GCAGCUCCUUCCAGCUCCUACAUACCCCAAAUUCUGGUAGCAGAGGAGAGCUGUGCAGAGAAAGCCCCAGUCAGCUGCAGCAGAUGCUGCUGACAACCAUUGCGAGCCUGUUGCGUGCAGGUGCAAACCCGCCAUGUAACUUCUGUCUUCAGAUGGACCUCCUGAACAACAGUGAAACCCUUUGGCAGUGGCAAGACAAGUAGCUUGUGAGCUGCUGCAGCAUUGUGGCUUCAGCCAUCCCGGUUCAGAGGAUGUGGUGGUGGAGCCACCAGUGUCUGGAUGAAACUGAAAUCAGAAAGAUACCCGUGUAGCAAAAGCAGGAUUCUUGGCGCCAUCCUGGCUAAAUUCUCAUGUGAUUAACUGCCUUUUACUGCUCUGUCUCCUUUCUGUUUCUUCCCAGACCUUCUGUCUGCUGCAGUGUGUGGUGCUGGAGCAUGGCUCCUCACAUCCCGCUCAUCAGUGACUGCCUCUCGGUAUCAACAAGAAAACACAGGACCCUGUGACCUUGUUACUCUUGCAGCUAAAAGUGUGCCUGCACUUCUCUGACACAUCUGUCAGUCAGGAGCAGAGAGGACGGCACUGUGAGGCCACAUUUUUCCACGUGCUACCAGUCAAGUACUGGUUGUGGGCAUCACUGAAAGACAAGUUUGAACUACAGUGAAGCUUGAUUGAUUUGUACUUUAAGAACAUCUUGUGAUGCCCUAUUCCAGAUCCCAGAGCUAUGGGAAGGUGGAAAGCACACAGGAAACAGGCAGGUUCUCUGAUAACCAAUGUCUUGCACUUAAAUCCAGAGAGGGUAACUUCUCAGGAAAUGUGGAUGGUAAAGAAAUGCAGCUACUGCUGAGCCUUGCACAGGAAAUCCUUGCAGCUCUUGCUGUGAUGCAUGGAAGGGUAUAAGGCAGUUGAGCAUUUUCCAGCGUGCCCCAGAUAUGCUGCAGGUGGACACCCAAGGGCAACAGGAUUUAAACUAUCCUGACAAUGGGAAUUCCAGGAGCUUUUUAAAGGUGCCUUUGGGGAGAGACAUCACAAGGCUCAAACAAGACAUGCUAGAGAAGAUGCCAAGAUGGGAAGGAAGGGAGGAGCAGAAGAAAAUGAUGGAACCAGUUGCCAGGGUGGGAGAAGCCAGGGAGAAUGUGACUGUGAAACCAGCCCCUGAGUUGGAGGGAAUCAAGAAGACAACAGUGAAAAUAGUGCUGAGGAUGCAGGAAAACAAUGAGAAAAGAACAGUGAGACCAGCCCCAGGGAUGGAAGAAGCCAAGGAAAAGAUGACGGUGAAACCACUUCCCAGCAUGGAGGGAGCCAAGGAGAAGGCAACAGUGAAACUAUCCUCUGGGGUGAAGGGAGCUCAGCAAAACACAUCCAAUGACCAAACAAUGCCAAAAGAGCCCCCUGCAUCAGUGGAAACUGUAAGACCUGUUCCUCAGGCUGCUGCAGUGAAAGAGAAGAAGCAGCUGAGGGCUGCUGACUUCAAGUCAGAGCCACGGUGGGAUUUUGAGGACCAGUACCUGCUGGACAACUCAUCUCUGCCAUGGACCUGCUCUGAAUCAGUGAAGGCCAAAGCUGCCAAGUCUGACUGGCUGCGAGGUCUCUUCCUGCCCAACAUCAUGCUCUUCACAGACAAGAGAUACUUCAGUGACAGUGAAUGGGACUGCCUGGAGCAUUUUGCACCUCCCUAUGGCUUCAUGGAGCUGAAUUAUUCAUUGGUGAAGGAGGUGAUGUCCCUGCUGCCCCCAAAUCCCCACCAGCAGCUGCUCCUGGCCAACAGCACCAGCAGCAAGCCAACAUGCAUCAGCUGUGCUGUCGUGGGGAACGGAGGAAUACUGAAUAACUCCGGGAUGGGCCAGGAGAUUGACUCCCAUCACUGUGUCUUCCGGGUGAGUGGGGCUGUCAUCAAAGGUUACGAAAAAGAUGUGGGAACAAAAACCUCCUUUUCUGGAUUCACAGCCUACUUCCUGGUGUCCUCUCUCCAGAUCUUGGGACACAGAGGCUUCAGCAACAUCCCACAGGGAAAACAUGUCAGAUACAUUCACUUCCUGGAGGGAGCUAGAGACUACGAGUGGCUGAAGGCUCUUCUGCUGAAGAAGAACAUCAGGAAAGGAUUCUUGAACCACUACGGGCAGAGGCCCCGGGAGAGAUUUGAGGAAGGUUUCACGAUGGACAGAUACCUGGUGGUUCACCCUGAUUUCCUCAGAUACAUGAAGAACAGGUUUCUGAAAUCUAAAACACUGGAAAAGCCCUACUGGAGGCUCUACAGACCCACAACAGGGGCCUUCCUGCUGCUGACUGCCCUCCACCUCUGUGAUCAGGUGAGUGCCUAUGGCUACAUCACGGAGGGGCACGAGAAGUACUCGGAUCACUACUAUGACAGGGACUGGAAACGUCUGGUUUUCUACACCAACCAUGACUUCAACCUGGAGAAGGAGGUGUGGGAAAAGCUUCACGAUGAGAACAUCAUGAAGCUUUACCAGAGAUCCUGAUUGUGUGGUAAGGGCCAUUGCCUGGGGAAUCUUACCACCUCUCUGGGAAUAGAAGAGGACCACCAGAGCCAAGGUUAGGUCUGGGCUUCCAGGCACAUUUCAUGCCCACAAAGGUACUUGUCUCCUUCAGCACCUCUGUUCUCUCAGUGCUGCUACAAAUGAGCAAAUGCUGCAGACCAGGAGAACAGCAAGAAAAUGCAGCACACCACCAAAGAAAUCCCAGCUGGAUGUGCUGCAGGACUGUUG